AUGCCCCAACAAAAUGGCCUUGCUGAAAGCAAACACCGUCACAUUGUUACCAUGAUCCGCACCCUCUUAGCCACCUCCAAUGUUCCUCAUCGUUUUUGGGUUGAGGCUGCACUCACUGCCGUUUCUGCUCCAACUGCCACGGUUGAACUUGACAUAUUUCCACAAGGUGGUUUGUCUGCUCAAUUACCCGCCAUUACAACCACAACCCAGGCUUCACCUGUUGCCCCUGCUGGGCUGCCACCACCAUUGAUCUCCUUGCCAUCUUCUCCAGGCCCACAGCCUCCUUCUGCAGGCCCACUACCUUCUUCUGCAGACCCACAACCUUCUUCUUCAGGCCCCCAUGUGACUUUCGGCCCAAGUCCCACACCAGACCCCAAUCCUUCUCCAGGGCCAAGCCUCUCUCAUGUCCAGCCCGCUGCCUCUGUCCAGUUUACCGGCCCAUCUUCAUCCACAUUUGCACAUGCUGCUCUUCCAUCCCCCGCGGCAGCCCAACCGUCUCAUCCAAUGACUACAAGACUUCGUGCUGGCAUUCUCUAA